AUGCCUAGUUCUCUUUUUCACCCUCUUCUCCCUCCAGACGAAGUUAGCGCCGAUCUGACUGCCUCGAGAGAACAGACAUCAUCGGCCCAACUGCAGGCUACGAGGAUGGACGAAGCACUGAGCGAAACCCGUCAGGAAGCUGAGAAGCGCGAGCGGGAAUUGUGCGCCUAUUUGGCUCAUUUGGAAAGCAAGAACAGCCUCGUCACCAGUCUACUCGACAUUGUACAGGAAAGGGCCAAUGAACUACAGGAUGAGUUUGACCGGUACGUGCCUCCAACUUAA